AUGAAAUAUAUUCGAUUUAUUCGUAAAUGUUCACAAAAUCCUCCCAGGCGAAGGGUUGUAGUCACAGGUUUAGGAAUAGUUUCGCCUCUUGGAACAAAUACCUUAAAGUCCUGGCAAAACCUUUUAAAAGGACACAGUGGAAUAGUCGCUCUUAAGGAUGAGGAAUAUUUAAAAUUACCUAGUCAAAUAGCUGGAAUAAUACCAAACGAAGACAAUCCUGCUUUAACAAAAAUGAUGUCAAAAUCUAAUUUAAAAUUAAUGGCUCCUGCUACUUGCUUAGCUCUUUUUGCCACAGAAGAAGCUUUAAAUGAUGCAAAGUGGACACCACAAUCACAAGCAGAUAUGGAAUCAACAGGAGUCACUUUAGGCAUGGGUAUGAUAGAUCUUAAGGAUGUUUGUGAUACAAAUAAUGCUUUACAAUCAGGCUAUAAUAAAGUAAGUCCAUUUUUCGUACCAAGGAUAUUACCAAAUAUGGCAGCUGGACAUAUAAGUAUAAAAUAUGGAUUUAGGGGACCAAAUCAUGCUGUUUCAACGGCGUGUGCCACUGGAGCACAUUCCAUUGGAGAUGCCUUUAGAUUUAUCAGAAAUGGUGAUGCUGAUGUCAUGGUAAGUGGCGGAGCCGAGGCCUGUAUAAGUCCAUUAGCCAUAGCAGGGUUCUGUCGGUUAAGAGCUCUAAGCACGUCAUUCAAUGAUAAACCUACCAUGGCUUCUAGGCCAUUUGAUAAAAAUAGAGAUGGAUUUGUUAUGGGCGAGGGGGCUGCUGUUUUAGUUUUAGAAGAAUACAAACAUGCUUUGAAAAGAAAUGCUAAGAUUUAUGCUGAAAUUUUAGGAUAUGGUUUGUCGGGCGAUGCCGCCCAUAUAACUACACCUCGGGUAGAUGGCAGUGGUGCUAUACUCUCCAUGAACAGAGCCCUACAGGAUAGUAACAUAAAUUACAAAGAAAUUUCAUAUAUAAAUGCACAUGCAACAUCAACGCCAGUUGGUGAUGGUAUAGAAUCCACUGCUAUUAAAACCUUAUUCAAAGAAAAUGCCAAAGACAUACUGAUCUCUUCCACAAAAGGAGCCCAUGGACAUUUACUUGGUGCUGCGGGGAAUCUUGAGGCAGCUUUCACAGUUCUAGCAAUCUCUGAGGGAGUGGUGCCACCUACAUUAAACUUAGACAACCCACUGGAUGAUCUGAAUUAUGUAGCUAAAGUCCCACAGAAAUGGACUAAGGAUAGAAGAAUAGCAUUGAAAAACUCAUUUGGAUUUGGUGGCACAAAUGCAACACUCUGUAUUUCCAGUGUUUAA